CAAAAUGUCGACAGAUCACGCAAGAGCAGAUUCGAUUGCUACGGUGGCUGAGAAAGCCCCUGUCACAGCGGAGAGGAGAGUCCGUACUGAUCUCGAUGAUCGUCUCCCUAAACCAUAUGUGCCUCGAGCAAUGGUUGCACCAGACAUGGAAAACGUUAACGGGACAAGAGGACACAAGCACCGGGACAUGUCGGUUCUUCAGCAACACAUUGCUUUCUUUGACCAGGAUGGUGAUGGUAUCAUCUACCCAUCAGAGACAUUUAGAGGAUUUAGAGCACUUGGUUUCAACUUGGUUUCUAGUAUCUUUCUAACAAUCAUUGUGCAUCUUACAAUGAGUUAUGCUACAUUGCCUACUUGGAUGCCUUCUCCUACCUUCCCGAUUUACAUCAAGAACAUCCAUAGAGCCAAACAUGGAAGCGACACUUCAACUUACGACACAGAAGGAAGGUACAUUCCUGCAAAUCUUGAGAACAUGUUUAGUAAGUAUGCCCGUACAGUGCCUGACAAGCUAACUCUGUUACGAGCUGUGGCAAAUGACGGAAGCUAACCGCAACGCAUUCGAUUUCUUUGGCUGGGCAGCGAGUAAAAUGGAGUGGGGAGUACUCUACUUCCUUGCCAAAGACGAGAAUGGUCACUUAUCGAAAGAAGCGGUCAGGAGAUGCUUUGACGGGAGCUUGUUCGACUACUGCGCCAAGGCGAGAGCUUCGACUAAAAAGACUGAAUGAUGGAUGACACACGUACGGGUUUCUUACUCUCUAUGCAGUUAAAUGUCUUAAGUAACCUUUAUCGAGUCUCUUAAUCAAAGCACGCAUUAGAUCAUAUAAAUUCAGAUCGUAAUGUUUUGCUUCUUAAGU